GGGCUGUAUCUUGACUCUUGAGUGGAUCGACGAGACCUUUCUCCAAAUCCCGUGAUCACCCGUCAACCUCGAACUAAACACGCUACUCCAUCCAGACUAGCCAGGUACCGUUACCACGCACAUCCCACCACACGUUACACAGAAAAGCUCCCACUUCACUACCGGUAUAUACCGCAACCAAGUUCCAACCACAAAAUGGGCUUCCUCCACCCCGGCCGCAGCGUCCGCAACCGCACUACGGGCCGUCGGCGGCAAUCGCCAUACAGCGUCCCUUCACGCUCCUCCCACACCUCUUCCCCCCGGCCCACUCACGCACCAUCUCCCCCGCCGCCGCCGCCCGCCAACCCCAAACCCACGCUCGCAACCCUCCCCACAGAGCUGCUGCACACCAUCUACCUGCACGCGCUGAACCCGUCCCUCGCCGAAACCUGCCGAGCACUGCACUCGGUCCUGCAGCCCACCCGCCACCUGCGCAACAGCUGGGUUUCCAGCCACUUGCACUCCGCGCCCGCGGCACUGCUGCGCGGCCGCUUCCUGACGGCGGCGGCGGUGCGAGAAUUCGAGGCGGCGCAUGGGCGACUGCUGCUGGACGGGGUGCCGCUGCCGCUAAGGCUCCUGGACUUUUCCGAAGAGCCUGGAGAGCCCGGAGAGCCCGGUGGGGAAGGGUUGCUGCAGAUGCUGGUCGAACGGGGCGCACGAUGGGAGGACCCCGGGGAGGCGCUGCGCGCAGCGGUGGAAACGGGCCGGUGGAGCCUGGUCGAAAGCGUCCUGCUCGAACCUAGUGUUAAGGCCGAUGCUGGGUGUUUGGAGAUGGCGGUUAGGGGUGGCGCUGGGGUGGAGGUUGUAGAGAGUCUGGUGGGGAGGGGUGCGGAGGUCGGCGUGGGUGUGUGGAUGGCGGCGGUGGAACGCAGUGAGCGCGGGGAGGGUGCGGUGCUGGAGUGGUUAUUGGAACGGGCGGUACCGCCUGGGGAGGUACUGGGUGUUUUGGUAGGACGGUAGGCGGGCUGGGGUGGUGUAUACACCGGUGAUUGACGGACUACAUAAACUGUAUGAUCACACCUAGUUCGCGAGUUGAG